CUGUCUUCGAAGAAGAAGACUGAGUUACCAUAGUAACUACUAGUAAAGAAUAUCGAUUGCUACCUAUAGUACCUGUAUCUAUCUGCUUGUUAACGAGCUAGUCAAAGCUAGCUGGACCUUCUUAAGGUCUGGUUGUAUGUCCCGAUUGUUCUCUAUUUAGCGACCUGCGUAGCUGACUUUGCGUAAUCACAUUAAAUCGUAUUGAAACUUAAAGGCAGGUGGCCAGGUACGCCAGAAACACAGUGGUUAGAGUAUGUCGGGCGACCUUGUUGGCGUGUGGGAAGUGGCGUUAAGUGAUGGAGUUCAUCGGAUUGAGUUUGAACAUGGCACAACCACAGGAAAACGAGUGAUCUGCAUUGACGGAAAGGCAAUUGUAAGGAGAGACUGGAUGUUUAAACUGGUGGGCAAGGAGACAUUCCAGGUGGGUAGUUCGGAAACCAAAGCCACCAUCAACAUUGAUGCGGUCAGUGGCUUCGCGUACGAAUACACCCUGGAGAUAAACGGGAAGAGCCUGAAGAAAUACAUGGAGAACCGCUCCAAGACCACCAGCACCUGGGUGCUCAACCUGGACGGCAUCGACUGCAGGGUGGUCCUGGAGAAAGACACCAUGGAUAUCUGGUGUAAUGGACAAAAGAUGGAGACAGCGGGGGAGUUUGUGGAGGACGGGACCGAGACCCACUUCACGCUGGGGGACCAUGACUGCUGCAUCAAGGCCGUGAGCAGCGGGAAGAGGAGGGAUGGCCUCAUCCACUCCAUGGUGGUAGACGGCACAGAGAUCGCAGAGUGCACAGAAUGACUGUGUGUCUGUGAAGAAACACUGGGGCACAUGCUGUUAUCACAAUGUUUGACACUUACUUGCAUCAAGAAUAGCAAUUCAGGGUCCAAAUUACAGAUCGAAAGUGAGCUCCUCAAUAUUUCACUGUCAAGCUGGAUUUCCGAUUGAAUGCAGUGGAAAUGUUGCUGCCCGUACUUCUCCAGCAGGAUGUCUUGAGACAUCCUGAGACCAGAGCUGAGACUGGCUAGGUGCAGGGGCCAGAUGAAAUUGUGUUGAAGGGAAAGUAAAAUGUCUUCAUUUUACUAAUUUGACACCUCUGUGCAAUUCCCAGGAGUUCACAGUUGUAGAAAGGGACUACAAAAUAAUUUGAAGGCGUCUAGAUCUUUCUGAAGAAAAAUAAAUGAAAAGAUGCCUAAAUUCCACAGUCCAUGCCACUGGCUUAUACAGUAAUGCAAUAAUGUGCCAGUAAUGAGCUUUUUCUUGUAGUCUGGAACAUGUAGAUAACUGAAGUGUAGUGUUGUUAUUGGUAACAGCAUCAUGUCUGUAAUAACUAUAAAUCAGUCCAUAGGAAUUUAAUCUGGUUUAUGUCGACCAUGAGUUCUGUGCAGGAAUGUACAGUAUGUUUGUAUAGAGGGGAAGUAGAAUUUGGCUUUGAAACAGAUUUUUGUACGUUCAGCAGCACUGUUACCCUCUGAAAUAGAAUUUAUUACAUUUCAUAAAGAACAUUAAGUAUUCAGGUAUAGUAAUAUUAAAUUAUGCUUACAGUGUAUAUUUUAGUUAACUGUUUCAGUGAUUUAAUGUUUAUCAUGUAUAUUUUGUUCAGCAUGUCAAAACUUAUUUUAUUAAAUAAUUGUAACUGAA